GUCUAUAUCCAAAGCACUGCACUUUAUGGAUAAAAAGGAUAUUGAGUGUGCCAUCUGCCUCAACAGGUUUCACCAACCAAAGACACUGAAAUGCAUGCACACCUAUUGUCUACAGUGUAUCCAGAAAUGGGUGGAAACUCAUGGAAAGAUUAAAUGCCCAAUAUGUGGACAAGAACAUGACCUAACAAAAAAUGAUUUAAAAGAGCUUACUUCAAAUACAAUGAUAAGUCAACUACUAGAGUAUGUAGUGAAAGCUGAGGAUCAAAAGCCAACUAAAUGUUCUUGCUGUGACAUUAAUCAACCAGAAUACCACUGCCAGAAAUGUCAACUGUAUCUGUGUGAUGCUCCAUGUAUCAAGCAACACCAGAUAAUACCUUCAUUGAGAGACCAUCUACUUUAUACACUAGACAAGAAUGAACAAGAUGCCAGUUCAGAUGCACAAACAAGAUGCAAAGUUCAUUGCUACACCGCACUCGAGUUUUUCUGCUCCACUUGCAACAAAUCAGCAUGUAAACAUUGUGAACACGUUCUUCGUUGUUAUCAAAAACAACAUAAAGUGAUUCCAAUAUCAACUGCUGUAAAUGAGUUUAACAACAAUGCCACUGAAAUUGUCAAGUUUGCACAUAAAAUUAAAAAUAAAUUAUCAGAAAAACUAGAAUUAGUAACUAAAGAUAGAUCAGAGUUCAAUUCACAACUAAAGUUAUGCAGAACAGCCAUCGAAAUUCAGGAAAAGAAACUUAUUAAAACAGUUGAAGAGAAAAGCAAAGAGUUAAUGUCAGACCUUGUAGAGAUGUACAAAGAGAAAAAAGAAGACACUGAUAGUAAACUUCAAGAUAUUGAUUCAAAAAUGACUCAAGUACAUAAUGUGAUUACCUCAAUCAAUACAAUUAUGAACAAACCUGAUGAAACAAAAACUCUUCAAUUACACAGCACAACUCUCAAUGCUGUCAGAGACAAGGUCCUUGGAAAAGAUUGUGAUCAAUCAUGUAAAAACAAAAAAAUUACACCAAACUUCAUUCCAACUACACACUUGGAUGACUUGAUGGUUGUAGAGGGCAUUGGUACAAUCACAACAGUUGAUACCACAUACAAGGUAAAUAAAGAUGAUGAAGAAACUACUGUCACAACAGAGAGCAAUGCAUGUCAAUUAGCUGCCACUCUGAAGAACUCUUCAGGCCAAAAAUUAGCCACUGAAGUAGAAUAUCAGGGAAAUGGAGAGUACAAAAUAACAGGCAGAUGCAAUAUGGAAGGUGAUUGGGAAAUGAAGAUUAUUGUUGGAAAGGCACACAUGGGAGGAUCACCAAUGGAUGUCAAGGGGAAUAUGCAACAGAUAAACCAGGUGUUCAACCCAGAGUAUGGGUCCUUUACUCAAGCCGUUGAGAACCCACAAGCAAUACUUUGCCCAACAGGGCAGAUAACCCAAAUCAUAAACCCAGUGUCGAGUGCUAACCAACCAAGUCCAGAAGUGAUCCCUCGGCCUGCUAUCCCUGUACGUGCCGCACAAGAAAUUUCUACUGUACCAGCUCAACAACACCAAGUGAAGUAUGCUAAUGCUGUACACAAUCAGACUCUUGCUAGUCAGUCGCCUGGAAUGCCUGUGGAUGUUCCACAACAAGCUGUCCAAGUUCCUGGGCUGGAGCCAUACAGCCUAGCACAGGCCACUCCCAAGGAGCAGAAGCAGAUGAUUGGUGAGCAUUUAUACCGCAUCAUUCAGCCUAGCCACGGAGAGCUAGCUGGUAAGAUCACUGGAAUGUUGUUGGAGAAUGACAACGAUGAGUUGCUUCAAUUGUUGGAAUCCCGUGACUCAUUGAGCUUAAAGGUUGACGAGGCUGUGACUGUGUGGCAAGCUCACCUAGCUAAGGAAUCUGGUAGUAAACCUGCUGUGGCCACUACUGUGCAGUUACCCCACCAGUUGGUUGGAAAGGAAAAAGAAUUAGAUGAUAUAAAUGAGAAUGAAGAAAAAAACACUGUACAUUUAACCCAUCACACUGCUGAUAUCAACAAUUAUUCAUUACUUCGAACUCUUCAAACUUGUAUCAAGAUGUCUCAGUCCUUAUCCAAAGCAUUGCAGUUUAUGGAUAAAAAAGAUCUUGAGUGUGUCAUCUGCCUCAACAGGUUUCACCAACCAAAGACACUGAAAUGCAUGCACACCUAUUGUCUACAGUGUAUCCAGAAAUGGGUGGAAACUCAUGGAAAGAUGAAAUGCCCCACAUGUGCACAAGAACAUAACCUGACAAGGUAUGACUUAAAAGAGCUUGCAUCAAACACAAUGAUAAUUCAACUACUAGAGUAUGUUGUGAAAACUGAGGAUCAAAAACCAAGUAAAUGUUCUUGCUGCGACAUUAAUCAACCAAAAUACCACUGCCAGACAUGUCAACUGUAUCUAUGUGGAGCUCUAUGUAUCAAGCAACACCAGAUAAUACCGUCAUUGAGAAACCAUUCACUUUAUACACUAGACCUAAAGGAGAAAGAAGGCAGUUCAGAUGAACAAAACAAAUGCAAAGUUCAUUGCAGCAACACACUGGAAUUUUACUGUUCCACUUGCAACAAAUCAGCAUGCAAGCAAUGUGAACACAUCCUUUCCUGUCAUAAAAAUCAACAUAAAAUGAUUCCAAUGUUGACUGCUGUAAAUGAGUUUAACAAUGAUGCCACUGAAGUUGUCAAGGUAGCGUAUGAAAUUAAGAAUAAAUUGAAAGAAAAAUUAGAGUUCCUAACUAAAAGUCAAUCAGAAAUCGAUUGUCAACUUACUUUAUGCAGAACAGCCAUCGGAAUUCAGGAAAACAAGCUUAUCAAGAAAGUUACAGGGAAAAGCAAACAAUUAAUGUCUGAUCUUGAAGAGAUAUAUAAAGAAGACAAAGAAGGCAUUGGUAGUGAAGUUGAAGAUAUUGAUUCAAAGAUGACUCAAGUAAAUGAUCUGAUAGUCUCAAUAAAUACAAUUAUGAACAAACCAGAAGAAAAAGAAAUUCUUGCAUCCCAUAAGAAUACUAUCAAUGUUGUCAGGGACAAGGUCCUAGAAAUUGAUUUUCAGCAACUACCUCAAAAGAAAAAUAUUACACCAAAUUUCAUUCCAUCAACGCAUUUGGAUGACUUGAUGAAUGCAGAGGGUAUUGGUAAAAUUAUAACUGUUGAUAACAUUACAAACAAGGUAGCUAAAGAAAAUGAAGCUACUGUUACUAAAAGACAACCAGCAGAGAGUGAUGCAGCUGCCACUCUAAUGAAUUCAUCAGAAGAAUCAACUUCUGAUCCAGCACAUGUCACAGAAUUUCCAGUUAAUCCCAGAUUCGAGACGCCAAGACUUAUUCAUACCACUGGUAUUAUAUCAGAUUAUAAACAACAUUACAAAUUAAAUAAAGUUUCAGAUGUAGUGUUGGACAACAAUGGAUGCAUAUUAGUAUCUAGCUUCAGUAAAGAUAUAUUAAAGUUCAACAAAUCUGGUUCAUUUAUUGGUAGGAUAUGGGUGCCACUAGAUGUGGAGUUUCAUAGAAUGCAUCAAAUGGGUGAUUGUCAUAUAAUGUACAGUGAUAACGUAAGAAAAUGUGUUGUAAUGUGUAAUGAUAAAUAUCUAGAAAUGUCUUCAUUUGGUAAAGGAAUAUUGAAAUAUCCAAUGGGCUUGACAGUACACAAGGAAACUAGAAUACUGUAUGUAGCAGACCGUGAGGCUCACUGUGUGGUUAAAUUCAAUGUUGAUGACGGUACAUUGCUGGGUAAUAUUGGUUCAGAAGGUAGAAAAGCAGGUGAAAUGCGGCUACCAUUUGAUGUCACUUUAAGCAUGGAAGGUCACGUGAUUGUUGCUGACUUUGAAAAUAGCAGAAUACAAAUGUUUGAUGCAAAUGGCAAGUUUAUAAGAAUUUUAGUAGGCUAUGGCAAGGAAGAUGGUAAAGUUUGGGGUCCUUGUAGUGUCACCAUGGAUAUGGAUGAAAAUAUAAUAGUAUCAAGUAAUCAUAAACUGCAGUUAUUUGAUAAAAAUGGUGUCUUCAUAAAACGAAUAGAUCAUCUAGAUGAUAGAUUAGAAAUCCCAGCAGGAAUUGCUGUAAUCUCCAAUAAACCACGAAGAGUAGCAGUAGCAAACCACAAAGCCAACAAUGAAACGCCCUCAUUCAACAUAUCGACAGGCAAUAAUUCAAACUAUUCAAACUUAAAUCAAGAGCUUACUUCAAAUACAAUGAUUAGUCAACUACUAGAGUAUGUUAUGAAAACUGAGGACCAAAAACCAAACACAUGCUGCUUCUGUGACAAUCAACCAGCAUACCACUGCUCAACAUGUCAACUGUAUCUAUGUGGAGGUAAUUGUAUCAAACAACACAAGAGAGUACCAGCCACUAAGAAUGAUCCACUUUAUACACUAGACAUGAAGGAACAGGAUGGAAAGCAAACAAAAUGCCCUGCUCAUUGCAACAACACACUGGAAUUUUACUGCUCCACUUGCUACAAAUCAGCUUGUAAGCAUUGUGAACAUAUUCUUCGUUGUUAUCAAAAACAACAUAAAGUGAUUCCAAUGUCAACAGCUGUAAAUGAGUUUAACAAAGAUGCCACUGAAUUUGUCAAGUUAGCGCAUGAAAUUGAAAAUGAAUUGAAAGAGAAAUUAGAACUCGUAAAUAAAGAUAAAUCAGAAUUUGAAUCUCAACUAAAGCUAUGCAGAACAACUAUCCAAAUUCAGGAAAAGAGGCUUAUUAAAAAAGUUACAAAGAAAAGCGAAGAAUUAAUGUCAGACCUUGAAGAGAUAUACAAAGAGAAAAAACAAGAAACUGAUAGUAAAGUUCAAGAUAUUGGUUCAAAGAUGACUCAAGUAAAUAACCUGAUGGCCUCAGUCAAUAAAAUGAUGAACAAACCAGAAGAAACAGAAACUCUUCAAUUCCACAAGAUAACUAUCAACACUGUCAGACAUAGGGUCCUAGGGAAAGAUUUUGAUCAAUCAUUUAAAAAGAAAAAUAUUACUCCAAACUUUAUUCCAUCAACAACCUUAGAUGAGUUGAUGGUUUCAGAGGGUAUUGGUAAACUCACAACUGUUAAUAGCAUGAUGUACAAAGUUGCUAAAGAUGAUGAAGCAAUUACUGUCACAAAAGAACAACCGUUUGUAGUUACAGUUGUAAGUCCAACAGAGAGUGAUGCUUGUCAAUUAACUGCUGCUCUAAUCAACAAAUCAGGUGAAGAAUCAGCUACGGAGAUAGAAUAUAAUAAGUGUGGAGAGUACAAAAUAACAGGUAGAUGCAAUGUGGAAGGUGAUUGGCAAAUGAAGAUCACAGCUGCAGCUGCACGCAUCAAAGGAUCACCAGUGAAUAUCAAAGUGGAAUCAGUGGGACUUGUUCAUACCAUUGGAAACAGAUGCCACAAGAUGAGUAUUGAAAUACCCAAAUGGUUUGACAGUAAACAUGCAACUAGAGUACUGUAUGUAGCAGAUCGUGAAGCUCACUGUGUGUUUAAAUUCAAUGUUGAUGAUGGUAAACUGCUUGGUAAGAUAGGUUCAAAGGGUAAUGAUGUAGGUCAAAUGCACAAACCACAAGAUGUUACUUUAACAAAAGAAGGUUAUUUGAUUGUUGACUUAAAUAACAGAUUACAAAUGUAUAAUGAAAAAGGUAAGCUUAUGAAAAUCCUUGUAGGUAGUGGUAAGGAAGACGGUGAAGUCUGGGGUCCUUGUGGUUUAAUCAUAGAUAUGAAUGAGAAUAUAAUAGUAUCAAGUAAUCAUAAACUACAACUAUUUGAUAAAAAUGGUGUCUUUAUAAAACGAAUAGAUCAUGAAGAUGAUGGAUUAAAUGUUCCAAUAGGAAUCGCUGUAAUCUCCAAUAGACCAAGAAGAGUAGCUGUAGCAAACCACAAAGCAAAGAAUGUAAAAAUUUUUAAUUAUUAAAUGAAAUAAAUAUACAUGGCUUGUGCCAUGUUCAGAAAAAAAAAUAGAAAUAUAAUUAAUCUAAUUAAAUACAUCAAUCAAUAUAGGCUAUAUUCUAUCAGAUAGAAAUGUUAUCAGAAAUGGUACUGUAACAAAAAAGAGACUACAGUUAAACUUUACCUAAGUCGACUUUACCUCGAAUAGUUUCUAAGUUGAUCUUAUGAUAAAUUGUUGUGUUUUCCAUUAAUUAACCAUU